AUGAAGACAUCACCUACUAUGCUUGGAAUCGGGAAAUUGCUUUGGGUCCUCUUCCUAAUUCCACUUGUAGGCAUCUGGAGUAUCAGUGGGGAUGAAUCAUGUGACAUACAUUUUAAGAGAUAUUCCAUAUAUGUUGUGUCAUCAGGAGACCCAUUUGAACUGGAAUGCCCUGUGAAAUAUUGUUCUAAUAGACCUACUGUGACCUGGUGCAAGGCCAAAGGAAACUGUUUACAUCUUGGGGACAGACUUCAGGGCUUCAUGGGUUGGGAAGAAAGGAAGAGUAUUUCAGGUUUCAUUCUGCAUUUUAAUCAAGUGCUUGCUAGUGACAAUGGGUCAUACCGCUGUUCUGUGAACUCUUCGCCUGGACUCAUUGAAAGCCACUCAGUUACCAUUAAUGUGACAGAUACAAGGAAUGCCUCAGGACCACCCUCCAAGGAAGAGAUGGUGGACCAACAAUGGAUCCUUUAUAGUUUGCUUCCUUUGGGGGCUUUACCUCUAUUCAUUACCUGUUUCCACCUAUUGUGCUGCCUUAGACGGCACUGAGGGGAACAAACGAAGCUUUCUGAUACAACAGGAAGGGAAAGUAACCUGGACAAUGGCAAAAGGCCUCUUUCUUGUGCAGAAGGUGGAAAGCAAAACCUGAAGGGUCUUCUCUGCCCCUUGGGUGAACUAAAGCAGAAAAUGCUGAAGAAGCCAUUGAAAGAGCAUUCUCGCAUUUCCUGUUCUCCACUCGGGCGUCCACGCAUGUUCUCCGAGUGGCUCUUAUGUGAAGAUACGGUUCUGGACACUGGAAGUAUAGGAGUGGACAAGAGAGAGAAGGUUCAUAUUUGA